AAAUUUGUCAUUAUAUUUUUUUUCUCCAAGCAAAACAAUUGUCAUUUGGACAUUAAUAAAUAUAAAAUAAUUACUAUUGUUUACUAGCAAAUUGUUUAAAUAACAAACACAUCAAAAUGAGUUUUCGAAUUCCAUCAGUUAAAUCAAAGGCAUCAUUUGAUGCUCCAUUUGAAGUCAACAAGGGUGAAUAUGAAGUGACAAAUCCAAUGGUAACUGGAAGUGCAGUUUCAAAAAAUUCACAUUUCUCACAUGCCAUAGAAAACUCUGAGCAGAGUUUUCAUCAAAAUCAACUUCGUCGAGAAAUGGUCAUGUUGAGAAACGUCCAGGGUUUACAUGCACCAAUGCGUUUGGCAAUGGAACUUAAAGCUGCUGAACGUGUUGGAAGACAUCCAUUUAUGCCAUCAUCAGGAUUAAUGAGAGACGUUUUACUUGGACGUGAUGAAGAAAUUGGAUUUGAAGAUGUUUUAAAUUGCUCUGAAUUCAAAGAAGAAAUGGGACAACCCCAUGCUAUUGUAGAAAAAAAACUUGGCUUUUUUUAAUUAAUUAAAUAAUUCAUAUCUUUAAAAAUCAAAUUUGUACUUGAGAUUCAAUUCAAUAAACAAUAUUAAAAA